CUAGCAUGCUAAGAUGCUAAUACAGUGAUCCCAUACCGAGUUCUUCUGAAGCCAAAUGCUUAUCCAGAAAACGUAGGGACAAACAUGAAUGCAAAAAAAGCUCAUAUUUAUUUGUGUCUAAGACUGGAAAAGUUCAACCUGAAGCAACCCUCAACAGCUGCCAAUGGGAUCCGCGCCUGUUGACAACGUGUUUGUGGGACUAAAGCUUUUGAUAUGCAUACAUUUAUUACGGGUGAUCACGCUGGAAUAGCCAUGCCGGUGCACCGUGAUCGUGAGAAGAAAGAGACGACUGCAGAAGAAAUGGAGGUGGAAGAGCAGGAACAAGACGGGUCAAGCACAGAGGAGGAGGAUUCAGACACCUCAUCUGUUUCAGAGGAUGGCGACAGUUCUGAAAUGGACGAAGAGGACUGUGAGAGGAGGAGGAUGGAGUGUCUCGAUGAAAUGUCUAACCUGGAAAAACAGUUCACUGAUCUCAAAGACCAGCUAUACCGGGAGCGCCUCAGUCAGGUGAACUGCAAGCUCUCAGAGGUGGAGGCAGGUAGAGCGGCAGAGUACCUGGAGCCACUUGCUGUUCUUCUGGAGAACAUGCAGGUCCGCACCAAGGUGGCAGGUAUUUACAGGGAGUUGUGUUUAGAGUCUGUGAAGAACAAGUACGAGUGUGAGAUCCAAGCCGCAUGUCAACACUGGGAGAGUGAGAAAUUAUUACUGUUUGACACAGUACAGAGUGAGCUGGAGGAGAAGAUAAGGCGACUUGAGGAAGACAGACACAGCAUAGACAUAACCUCAGAGCUUUGGAACGACGAGUUAGCUGGAAGGAAGAAGAGAAGAGAUGCUCUUAGCCCUGAUAAGAAGAGAAGACGUCCGUCAGUGGUGUCCGGUCCGUAUAUUGUCUACAUGCUCCCUGACUUGGACAUCCUGGAGGACUGGACAGCAAUCCGAAAGGCCGUGGCCACACUGGGACCCCACAGAGGAAAGGCGGACUCUGACAGCUCUAUUUUCCCAUUUCGACCUGACAGAAACCGAUCGAUACUCAACUGCUGAGACUCGUCAUAGCACACUCAUGCGUCGCUCAUAUUUCUGCUGGCUGGAGAUCACACUUGGUUUUCUAUCUCAUGGACAGGUUUCAUACAGGGCGGAAAAAACACAGAUGACCUUAUGCAAUUGCAUUUCGGACAUUGCACUUUUACAAGCUACAAUAUUUUGACUGUAAACUACCAGCACAACUCCAGACAAUUGUACAACCACCCAACUUCCUGUUUCCAUUACUUCAACAAGUCAAAUUUACUUUUAAAUGUUUUAUAUAUAGAAAACAGAGUUGCUCUCAAUACAGAAUUAUAAUCUUUUAUAUUAAUUUCUAUCAAAAAUGGGCAAAAAAUGAAGUCAGUUAUGUCACUUUCAGAGUCACUCUUUUAUAUGGUUAUUUCAUUAUUUUUUUGCAAGCAUCUUAGUGCCAAUAAAGUUAUUUUGCCUUCAUUUGGAACAUGUGAAUGGCUAUUGUCAGAGCUGAGCAGGAAUAGUAUAGAGCAAGUGCCCAAAACAUGCCAAACGUCCAGCAUAGUGAGGAAGGUUAACUAAUUGGUGCAGUGGAUCUAUAUUACAUUUAAAAUUGUGUGAGAAACAUGCCAAUAAGUACAAAAAAGGAAGAUAACAAGUUAGUUUUUACAAAAAAAAACAACCCUUUAUCGGGUUUCCAUAUCUACCUCUUUUCUAUACAAUUCCAUUUUAUAUAGAAACAAACAUACCUCUACUUACAUGAUCUUCCUUAAUGGAAGUGAUUUGUUCUGUUUUUACCGUUGUACCGAACCACCACCACAGAGGAUUGUUAGCGUUCAUGGGCAAGCAGACACAUUUUCUUUACGUUUUACUUAUGUUUUCUUCAUGUUCUGGUAACGCAUUGCUUUGCUAGUGUGAUAUGUGUCAGGUGAAGUCUUGGCUGGUGAUAAAUUGGAUGUUUUCUCAAUAAAACUGUUUUAGAAAUAGUGGCAUUGUUUACGUCCAUUGAAUACUUGAAAUGAAAGCAACUUGAUGUAGGCCUUCUUCUGAAAAUCAGGGAUCAGAAGCUGGAUUCUUGACUCCCUUUACCUCCAAGGGACCACAAGGGAUAUUUACCCGUUUUCAUUAACACCACAGUUCAACAUAUUUGUAACCAAUAUAAAAAAAAUAUUGUACUGGUUACUGUAGUAAUCCAGUCAAACCAGAUAUUCUACUUAAACAUUGGGCUAAGACUUGAAGUAGUGAUCAUCUAU